CUUGAAAUAGUCUUAAACUAACAGCCCGCUAUUUGCAUCUCUCGUUUUUCGUGAGGCACCAAUCCACUCACUCGCCACUCACUUCGUUUUCACUCACUCACCGUUCCUUCCCUUUCUCUCUUCUUCUUCAUCGAAAUUCUCAGAACCAGAAGAACCCUUCUCUCCUUUCUUCUCACUUGCUUUUUGGCUUCUUCCUCUAAUCCAUUUCAUCGUAAUGAAAACCAAAAAUUAAAAAUCUCUAAUCUUUCGUUCUUACCAGAUCCUUCUCGCCACAAUUUUCACUUUUGUUUGCCUUCUGCUUCGGAAUUAUUCAUUCCUGAUGUUAUCAUUUCCCUCCAUUGUUUUCUACUCUCUGUUCCUCUCUGUCCCUUUUUUCUUCGUUCUUGCCCCACAAUACCGGGGUAACCGCUCUCUCUCCGACCUCGCCGUCGGCGAUAUCAACAGUCUCCCUCUCCUUCGUGGACCCUACGCCGCCGCUGCCGCCGGCGGUGUUUAUCCCGCUUCUGGGAUCUCUCGCUCAAGCGUCUUCACCACCUCUAAACCAAAACCCAAAAUCGCAUUCCUCUUCCUGACCAACUCAAAUCUCUCCUUCGCUCCCUUAUGGGAAAAAUUCUUCGAAGGAAACCACGAUCUCUUCAACAUAUACAUCCACUCGGAUCCAUCUGUUGCUAUGAUUCGUCCCGGCGGUGUCUUCCGUAACAGAUUCAUCCCGUCGAAGAAGACAUAUCGCGCGUCGGCGACGCUCAUCUCCGCAGCUCGUCGUCUCCUCGCUGCCGCUCUCGUCAAUGACACAUCAAACCAAUAUUUCGCUCUCGUAUCGCAGCAUUGUAUCCCUAUCCAUUCCUUCCGUUUCAUGUACGAUUACCUGUUCAAGAGUCCAUCAUCCUUAACCUCUUUCAUGAUGUGGGGUUCACCAGAGCAAUCUCAGUACAAAAGCUUCAUCGAGAUUCUCUGUGAUGAACCCAAUCUCUUCGAACGAUAUACGGCUCGUGGCGUGAACGCGAUGCUACCGGAGGUACCGUUCGAGGACUUCCGGGUCGGAUCUCAGUUCUUCGUGUUUACGAGGCGGCACGCAGCGCUGGUGGUCAAGGAUCGGAGGCUGUGGAGGAAGUUCAAGCUUCCUUGUGUGAGUGAAGAACCGUGUUACCCAGAGGAGCACUACUUUCCGACGCUUCUGUCCAUGGAGGAUCCGGACGGGUGUACCGGAUUCACACUGACGAGAGUGAACUGGACGGGUUGUUGGGAUGGGCACCCGCAUCGCUACACCCCGCUGGAGGUAUCGCCGAAGCUUGUUCACCAAUUAAGAGUAUCGAACUCCAGCUAUUCAUACUUCUUCGCGAGGAAAUUCUCGCCGGAGUGUUUGCCGUUGUUGAUGGAUCUUGCCGAUGAUGUCAUAUUCCGGGAUUGAAAUGAGCAUAUAGGGUUUGAAUUUGAUAGACAAAUAUCCGCAUGUAAUUGUAAUUAUAAUUAUAGUCCCAAUCUUCUAACUGUAAUCGCACUUUCGGCAACGAAAAAGAAAGUAGAAAUCUUCUAAUUGUA